UUGCUCGGCUUCAUCAAGCAGGUGUCUUUCUCAGGGGGACUUUUUACGCACGGGAGGUGGUGAGGAGAGGGAAUUUGAAGAGCUUAGGGUGUUCAUUUCUCUCUUUACCUCCUUAUCAAGGUGGGCAUUUUUUGCCUGCAAACAUGGUGUCCAAACUAACAUCUUUGCAGCAGGAGCUUUUAUCCGCCCUGUUAGACUCCGGAGUUACCAAAGAUGUUUUGAUCCAGGCGCUGGACGACAUGGAGCCGAGCCCGGCCAGUUAUGGAGUUAAACUGGAGAACCUUCACAUGUCCCCGUCGGCGGGUAAAACAAACGGCAGCGACGUGGAGGCCAAGCCGAUCUUUCAUACUUUGACCAAUGGGCACAGUAAAGGGAAAUUGUCGGGGGACGAAUGCUCUGAAGACGGAGAUGAUUACGACACGCCGCCUAUCCUGAAGGAGCUGCAGUCUCUAAACACGGAGGAAGCGGCGGAGCAGCGCGCAGAGGUGGACCGCAUGUUGGCUGAGGACCCAUGGAGAGCCGCGCGCAUGAUCAAGGGCUACAUGCAGCAGCACAACAUUCCCCAGCGCGAAGUGGUCGACGUCACCGGUCUCAACCAAUCACAUCUCUCUCAGCACCUGAACAAGGGCACACCCAUGAAGACGCAGAAGCGCGCGGCUCUGUACACCUGGUACGUCAGGAAGCAGCGCGAGAUUCUGCGACAAUUCAACCAAGCAUCACAAGGGUCUGGCAGUAGCAUGACAGACAAAGUCAGUCAGGAUCAAGUGCUCCUUCUUUUCCCUGAGUUCACUCAGCCUGGACCGGGCAUGGGGCAGCCUGGAGAGGAUGCUGGCACUGAACCUGCCCUCAAGAAACUCAGACGCAACCGCUUCAAGUGGGGGCCUGCAUCCCAGCAGAUCCUCUACCAGGCCUAUGAACGUCAGAAGAACCCAAGUAAAGAAGAGCGGGAAACUCUGGUUGAUGAAUGCAAUCGGGCAGAGUGUCUCCAGAGAGGUGUGUCGCCAUCUAAAGCCCAAGGGCUUGGUACCAAUUUAGUCACGGAGGUGCGUGUUUACAACUGGUUUGCUAAUCGGCGCAAAGAAGAAGCCUUCAGACAGAAGCUGGCUAUGGAUGCCUAUGGAGGGCAAAGCAUCAACCCGCUCCUCACACACAGCUCGCCACACCAUUCCCAGGCCAGCACCUCUCCCCCCAGCAAGAUGCAAGCUAUAAGGUACAACCAUGGUCCCAGUGAUGUCAGCUCUUCCAGCACUAUCAAUCACCACAGCAUGACGAGCAGCCAGUCUGUAUUGCAGCAAGUCUCUCCCGGAGCACUGGACCCAAGCCAUGGCCUGUUGUCACCUGACGCCAAGAUGAUCUCGGUAUCAGGUGGAGGUCUUCCACCAGUUAGCACCUUGACUAACAUCCACAGUUCCCACCAUGCUCACCAGCAAACACAGAACCUCAUUAUGCCCAUCUCUGGAGUAAUGGCCAUUGCACAGGGUCUGAGCUCAUCGCAGGCACAGACAGUGCCAGUUAUCAACAGUGUGGCAGGAAGCCUGGCCACCCUGCAGCCUGUGCAGUUCUCACAGCAGCUGCAUAACUCUCACCAACAGAGCCUCAUGCAACAGUCUCACAGCCACAUGAGCCAACAGCCCUUCAUGGCCACAGUUACACACUCACAUAUGUAUCCACACAAGCAGGAGCCACCGCAGUAUUCACACCCGUCACGCUUUCCAUCCGCCAUGGUAGUAACAGACAACAACAGCCUCAGCAGCCUCAGCUCAAUGUCCUCCACCAAACAGGAUGCUCCUGUAAACAAGAUGGUGCAACUGGGGGGUCUCAACUGGUGUCCUCUGCAAGCCUGGUGAGCAUAUCCACCUGACUUCCUCAAUGCCUAGCAACAGGAGCACAUUUCUUCGGCUCUCUCCCUGCUGUAUCUGUGGCAACUCCUAAUCACUGGCAGCAGUGCACUGGAAGAUGAGCUGGUCACUAAUGUAGGGACUGAAAAAAGAGGCGAGCAAUCAGAAAGGAGACUCUGAGCGGCUUGGUCUAAUUGUACCACGGAAAGAUGGGAGGAUUACCUGGAAAUUACUACAUCUGACCAGUUUCCAAGCUAGUCUUUUAUAACAGUGUUUUGCUUCCAAACACCAAAAUAAAAAGAGGAUGAUUCUUAUAUCUUUUAGGAACAAAUGGAAAUGGUGUUAAACUGACAUGAUUUUGUAGUCUCACAUGGUUACCAAAUGCUAAAGGAUAACAAUUGCUCCAUUUCUGACCUUUUAAUGGACUUUAAGAGGCUUCUUCUCAUCCAAUCUCAGUCAGCAGUGAGCUCACCUAGACAUAGAUGUUGUGUAAUCAGUUUUUGACAAAUGACAAUCAGCUUAUAUUAUUUUCAACAUGUGUCAAGUCUUUUUGGGUAGAACAUUACAGACUGAAUGUGUUGGAUUUUCCUGCAUUUACAUUGCAGUGGGUCUUCCAUUUGUGCGGUUAAUAUGACAAUAUGAAUAGUCACUGUUCUGUACAGCUGUAAAUAUGAAUGAUAUGAAUUAUGAAUGAUAUGAAUUAUAAGUCUUGAACCAUGUACAUAUUUCAGGUCCAUAUCUUUUUUUUUUUCAACAAACUGUGAUUUAGAAGUGACAAUCUUUAGAACAGAAAGGACUAUGCAAUAUACUGAAUAGCACAAACAAAAAAAAUAGUGGGAUUAGCCCCUUAUCUGCAGUUUUAAAACACUUACACCAGCAAAACUACAGGACAAAAGCCUGUCAAAGUCAAGCUGCAGAUAUUGCACAAGGUAUUUUCCCCUUUUUCCUUUAUGGCGUUUGGGAAUGCCAUGAAAAUACCAUGAAAAUGAGACGUAACAUAAUGCUAUUAUUCUGUUUUAACAUUAUUCUGUUAUAAAUAAUAAUAAUGGUAUUACAGGCAGGUUAUUAAGAGCCUGUUGCUGUGUAUUAGAUGGAUAGUCACUGAGAGGCUUAUAACUGUGAGUAAGAUGGUUGUCUGUCAUCAGGCCAUAGUCACUAGGACAAACAGUAUUACCCACUUAUGCACCUCAGAAGUACACAAUACAUCAUGUAAUAACUCAUGAAGUCAAACACUAGACAUCACAUGCAUUAAAUUUAUUUGUGGACCGCUAGACGUGGAAAAAGGAAGAAUGUGAUUUUGUUGGUUUGCUUUACUCUUUUAACUCCUGUUGUUCUUACUUUCCAAAAGGUCAUUUUAAAGUCAUUUGCAACACAAAUAAUUCGAUUUUCCCAGUCAUGUAUUAUUUUUGUAUAAAAUGAAAAUCAAACUUUUAAAAUCAUUAUUUAUACUGUGAGAAAAAAAAUGAUGUCUCAAGUAAAGGCUCUUUCUAAGACCA